AUGGCUACCAAGUACGAAGCUGUUCACCAGACACUCAACGGCCCCGGUGAUGCCAGACCUACAGCUCUUCAGAUCAUUAGCGACGAACAGCUCAACGGAAAGUGGACCGACAAGACCGUCCUGAUCACCGGAUGCUCCUCAGGAAUUGGCAUUGAGACUGCCAAAGCACUUUGCGAAACCGGCGCCACAGUCUAUGCCACUGCACGGGAUCUGAACAAAGCCAAGUCAGCCCUCAGUUCAAUCCUUGAUAGUGGCCGUGUCCACCUGCUCGAACUCGAUCUCGAAUCCCUUGCUAGCGUUCGGAAAUGUGCGGAGACCUUCCUCGCCAAGUCUGACCGUCUCAAUGUCCUGAUCACCAAUGCCGGCGUUAUGGCUACUCCUGAAGGCCGAACUGCUGACGGAUUCGAAACCCAAUUCGGCACCAACCACCUCGCCCACUUCCUUUUGAUCCAGCUACUCCUUCCUGUUCUCGAGAAGUCGUCGAAGCCGGAGUUCCAGUCACGUGUUGUUGCCCUCACUUCCGUCGCUCACCGUGAUGGCGAGGUCAACUUCCCGAACCUCAACUUUGAAGGCGAGUAUGAUGCAUGGGACGCUUACGCUCAGAGUAAGACGGCCAAUCUGUGGACUUCUAACGAAAUUGACCGUCGGUUUGGUUCAAAGGGCGUCCACUCAGUGGGCGUGCAUCCUGGUGGUAUUAUGAGUGGCCUAUUGAGACACUUUUCGGAAGAGCAAAAGCAAAGCUUGGAGGCCGAUCCUGAAGUUUCGCGGUUGCUCAAAAGCCCCGAGCAGGGUGCGGCUACCACUGUCUGGGCAGCCACCGCAAAGGUCCACGAAGGUCAAGGAGGCAAGUAUCUCGAGGAUUGCCAGAUCGCGAAGCCUCCUAAGGCCGGUGCUGGUCGAUAUGAUCCCGGAUACUCAGCCUGGGCGUAUGACGAAAAGAAGGCCACCCUGCUGUGGGAGAGAUCUUUGGAGCUUGUGAAACCAUUCCUGUCAUGA